AAGAAUACUAAAUGAAUGAAAGAAAGAAUUGAAGGAAAGAGAAGGAAACAUAUGCAGAGCUCCUUAACCCCACAUCUCUAUAAAAAUUCUUUGAGGACUCAGACUCAAAGUUUCUUCAGCCUCAUCUGAGAAAGCAAACAGGACACUCAAAGCUUUAAGCAAAGGGAUUUUAUGGGUGCAUAAACAAGGAAAUUUAACAAAGUGAUCAAGAAAGAGAUGUAAAAAAAAAAGAAAAAAAAAGAGAGAGAGCAAGGGGAAUUUUCUUUUGUUUUUAUGAUUCUCUUUUGAAGCAUGAAUUGAAGUGUGUUUUUUGCAGAGGCCAAGCUCAUCACUGCAAAGCUAAUGAUGGCAGGAAACCCUAGCUGGUGGAGCAUGCAUCCACCUUCACAGCAAACUUCUGCUUUAUUAUCUUCUUCUCCAUCUAUCUUCCCCUCCCAAUAUGUAUUUGGAUCUUCCUCAUUCUCUUCGAAUCCUUUGCCUGAUAAUCAAGAGCUUCCACUGUCAUGGAGCCAACUACUUUUGGGUGGUUCUUCAGGAGAUGAAGAUAGGUACGGUAUGAGUCAAUUUCAGGCUAAAAAGUUGGAAAAUUGGGAAGACCAAAUCUUAAAUCCAUCUCCAAGUAUUUCUGUAGUUGCUGAUGUAAAGCAAGAGGUUUCCCACAAUAGCAACUUAUAUGGUCAUGGGGAUGAAGACUUUCAGGCACUUAGGUCCCCAGCUUGGCCACAAGUGAUGCCAGUCUCUUCCCCUAGGUCUUGCGUCACGAGUAUAAGUAGUACUAAUAUAUUAGACUUCUCUUACAACAAGGCUGAUGGGGCGAAUCAGCAUCCCGAUCAAUCUUCCGAGUGUAAUAGCACCGCCACAGGUGGAGUAUGUAAGAAGGCUAGGGUUCAGCCCUCUUCAAGCCAACCUCUCAAGGUGAGGAAGGAGAAGUUAGGUGAUAGAAUCACAGUUCUUCACCAAAUGGUUUCCCCUUUUGGAAAGACUGACACGGCUUCUGUCUUGUUAGAAGCCAUUGGGUAUAUCAGAUUCCUUCAGGGUCAAAUUGAGGCUCUUAGCUCCCCUUACUUGGGUACUGCCUCACCAAAUAUGAGGAACCAUCAACAAUCUGAUAAUCGAGAUAACCCAAAGGAUUUGAGGAGUAGAGGACUGUGCUUGGUUCCUCUGUCUUGCACUCAGCAUGUUGGAAGUGACAACGGCGCCGAUUAUUGGGCUCCGGCUAUGGGAGGAGGGUUUUGAUGGGUUCAAUAUUCCAAGGCUGAUUCAAACUUUCAAAGAAUGACAUAACAUCAUGAGCAAUCACUCUGCUGCAACAUUCCAAGGGUAAUUGCUCAUGAUGGUAUGCAAUUCUAAUUAAAAAUGGCCAUUAAUUGUUUCUGAACCCUCUAGCUAGCUAGUCUCACCCUUUCUGUCUGUUGAUGUUUUGUUCGAGCUAUAUGUUAUAGAGCUCCAUGAAAAUUGAAGUUUAAUUAGCAUUUUUCUUUCAUCUGAAAAUGCUUUAUCCAGGAUUGGCAUUCUUUCUUCUUAUAUUAUUGAAGAAUAGAAUGGUUUCUGCCGCUGUUUAAUGUAACUUGUUUUCCUUGA